AUGGCGCCGGCAUCCCCAGGGACUGAAAGCGCGGGAGUUUCGUCGGAGGAGGGAGACCGGAGUGAUGCGCUGAGUUUGAUCCACCAAGAACUUACCCGGAUCUCUGCACAUAUGCUUAUGCUUAUGAAGGCAGACACUAAUGGACUGCUGCAGGAAUUCCGAACGGCAGUACGGCAGGAGAUCUCUGCAAUACGAUCGGACCUCUCUGCUGUGGAUGUGAGAGUGGACGCCCUGGAGACUGAGGCACAGGCGAGCCGCUCCCACCACAGGGCCACCAAAAUAGCUGCCACACGGCAGGAGAACCUCCUUUUGACACUGAGGCGACAGGUGGAGGACCUGGAGAACCGCAGCCGUCGCCAGAAUAUCCGGAUUAGAGGACUACCGGAGCCGGACGUGGUUCCACUGCAGGACACGGCCCGGACCCUCUUCAGACACAUCCUGGGCCGAGAAUGCCCGGAAGACAUUCAAUUUGACUGGAUUCGCAGAGCCCUGGGCCCUCCACGCCAGGAUGGGAAACCCAGGGACGUUCUGUGUUGCCUGCACGCCUAUAGACUGAAGGAAGCUCUGAUGGCCGCCUCUAGGGGCACUGACAGGAUCAUGUUCCAGGGCGCUGAGGUGGCACUGUUCCAGGAUCUGUCUAGCCUGAUGCUGGAUGCCAGGAGAGCGCUCAGGCCCAUUACCGCUGCCCUUCGGGAGAAGAGUGUGCCCUACCACUGGGGGUUCCACUUUAGCCUUCAGAUCAAGCAUGGGAAUUCAUGGCUACAUAUUCGUUGGCCUGAUGAUGUCACCCCAACGCUGAGGACCCUCCGAAUUCCCCACAUACGCACCCGUAAAUGGCUCCUGGAGACUCCGCUGGCGCCAAGUGGAAGACCAGGUGAUCAGAGCCCCCAGCUGGAACAACCGAGGGUGAGGGAGCCCCCCACGAGAAUGCUGGGAGGCCCUGCUGGCGCUGAGGAGUAA